AUGGUAGCAACAGCAGCAGCAGCUGCUGCAGCAUAUGGUAAAUUAGGCAGUUAUCAGCAACAGCAGCAGCAACAACACCAACAACAACAACAGUACGCUGCUACUAUUGCUACUACGCGACAAGGUCAGGUGCAUACAAAACGUAGUUCGAGUCACAGUGGUGGUAGCAGUUCAAAUGCCUUACGAUUACAACAACGUCGUAUGUUAGAACGAGAAAAUAUCGAUCAGUUACUUCAAAAAUGUCGUACAAAUUAUCGCGGUACUGCUUGUGGUACACAGGCUUCAGCACGUUACAAUGAUUGUGGACAGCAUGCGAUCUAUCAUACAUUAGGUGGUGGACAUGCGGUACCACAGCUGACACUCAGUGAUGACGGUGACACAUUGUGUGUGAGGAGUGGUUCAACCCGAACAUCGUUACGUAUGCCAUCAAAACAGGAUCAUCAGGUUCAGGCUGGACCAGGGUUUACCUCCAUGGCUGGAUACCAUUCAUUGGAUCGAAAAACACAUCUAUUGAAUUAUUAUCGAGUAUCCGAUGAUAAUCCAUAUCGGUUAGCAGCAGUGGGACAGGAAACAUCUGCUGCCACUUUAGCGAUGGUAAGUCCUCGACAUGUCCCAUCAAAUCGACAGCAGUUUACAUUAGCGCAACAAAAUAUGGAACAUGCCUUGGCUAAUCGCCACAGUGUUGCCGCUAGGCGAACCGCUUCGCUUUCCUCAGCUGGAAUGUCACGAUCGAUGAUUUUGGUUGCUGGUAGUGGUUCAGAUUCGAGCGGUGGUAGUUCACAACCUUCAACACCUGAUAAUCCACCGAAUUACCGCAUUGGUAACCGGUUACCGCUAAUGUCUAACCAAAAAAUGAUCAUCAAACGCAUACCGCUUAGUAUUGCGACACAAAUCCCGACAGUUGAAAGAAAUUCCACGAAUAGACGUACAGGAAGUUCAUUAUCAAGUCGUAAAUCUCAAAUGGAAAAUGCAUAUGCAAAUUAUCCUCAUCGUGAUGCAAAUCUUCAACUUCACAAACUCUCCGAUGAUGGUAUAAGGACGCCACAGAUGAAAACAUCGCGUUAUGCGGAAUCUGGCUACCUUUCCGCAACAUCGAAAUUAUCACCAUGCGGUUCCGCAGCUGAGGCAAAUGAUUCACAAUUAUCUCUUACAUCUUCCUCCAAUUCGUUGUAUUCAUCGAUGGAAGAAAAAUAUGAAGCAGAAAUUCGAAAGCUUAAUAGAGAAAUGCAAACAUAUAGAAGUACGAUAACAAAAUUAACUGCAAAACAUGACGGUUACAAUCACAUCAUUCAACUUUUUGAAUCUAAACUGCAACUGAUGGCAAAACAUGUCGAAAAUUUGCAAAACAAAUCACAGCUUAAGAAGGAUGAAGUAUUAAAAUUGCGUGCUGAAAUUGAGCAACUUCGUGUGAUGAGCAUUAACGCUGGUGUUAAUGUUUCCGGGAUUGCAACCAUUACGCAACGUAAAAGUUCAUCACCACAAUCACAAGAUGGUGCAGGUGAAUUACUGAGACAUCCAUCACUGGAAAGUGUCACAAGUCAUCGAUCAUCAAUGAGUUCUUCAAGCAAGGGAAGUAAAACGGAUAAAAGCAGCUUGAAUAGUUUCGGCAAACAAGGCAAAAAAAGUUGGAUAAGAAGUUCAUUUUCGAAAUUCACUAAAAGCAAAAAAGCGAAGAGUUGUUCAGUAUCAGAUGCCGAACAUUCACCGAUGCAUACUUCCGGUUCACCAUCAAGCCUAAAGCCGAUUUCAGGAAGUGUUAGCAGGUUAGACGAACUCGAAACGGUACCACAAGUAGUGGAACUUAAAAAACAGCUAGAAGAUAAAGAUUCGGCAUUGACCGACGUACGUUUGGACGCGCUUGAUAAAGCACGUGAGAAUGAAAAUAAGAUUCUGAAACAAAAUUAUACAAUGUUGGAAAGACGAAUCAGAGCUGAAAGUCGAACCAGUUCACAGCAGUCAUUGCCGACUCUGCCGGAUGAAGAUCCUGUUUAUGAAAUACCGCCAAACAGUGAACGAUGUUUAACUGGAAGAGGAUCAAAUUGUUUGAGAGUGACGGUAAGCGUUGAUUUUAGCGGUUUAUUACGACCACGUCCGUUAGCCGGCGAAGUAUCCAUUGGAUUUGUACCUUUACCGUCUCUAACCACCACCUGGGAAAAUUUCGAUGCAGAGCUUUUCAAACUUUUUGAUGAGUAUAUGGCAAAAAUCGAUUCGAAUAGGGCUUUGGAAUUAAACAGCCAAGAAUCAAUAAUUGGAUAUGAAUUUGGUGAUUUUAUUCGAGAUAUAGAAACCAGUUCCGCCCCGUCACCUAUGCCAGCUGAUGUACUUACACACAGUCACGACAUCCGUAUUUAUUUGAGAGGUGUGACACAACACAGUGUCGAUGGUCUUGUGAUGGAUUGUUUAUUUCCACGAUCCACCGUUGAGCUUUUACUAAAAGCAUUAUUGCAAAAUCGUCGUUUAGUACUAUUUGGUGCUACCGGAAUUGGCAAAUCAAAUUUGGCUCGUUUAUUAGCCCGGUAUUUAUGCAUCAAAGUUGGUGGAACGUUGCAGAAUACCAUUGCUGAUAUUAAAAUUGGUGAUGAUGAUAAUGACCGAAAUAUGGCACAGGUACAAAAACGAUUAGAAUCGUUGUUGCGCUCAACGAAACCCGUGAUUAUCUUGCUGGAUAACAUUCAACGACAUCGUAUUGCCUUUCUCAGUUCAUCGUUCAGUACCGUUGACACACCGCCAAAAGAAGGACCAUAUGUUAUUUGUACUGUAAAUCGAGCAUCACAAUUACCCGAAUUGGAAGUUCAACAUAAUUUUCGAAUGUUUUUAUUGCCCAAUAAUAUGGAUGCAAUUCGUGGUUAUAUGGGACGAUUUUUGCGACGUCGUAUUUUGGAGAGAGAAUUUGGUGGUGAUGAACGGUCAUCACCAGAAAUAUUCCGAGUUGUCGAAUUCUUACCAAGAGUUUUAUCAUCAGUAAAUUCGUUCAUCGAGAAAGCGAAUUCCCGGGAUGUAACGAUAGGACCACGUCUAUUUCUUCAAUGUCCAUUAAGUGUUACGCAAUCACGCGAAUGGUUUAUUAAAUUGUGGAAUCAAAUGAUUAUUCCAUAUAUGAUUAAAGUAGCUAAAGAAGGCGUGAAAGUGCUUGGACGAUGUGGCAGUUUCGAAGAUCCGACCGAUUUUAUUUGUGAGCAAUGGCCUUGGUUAGAAGGAUCUGCUGCAGAACAAGUUUUGCAACGAUUGUCCCCAAUCAAGGAAACGAUGUCAAAUCAAUCGAAUAAUACUCAAUUCGAUCCACUUGAAGCAUUAAUCCGAAUUCAAGCCAAUAAUGCCAACUCGCAGCAAGAAGUGGUACAAUAA